CGGGCGGUGCGGGGCGCGGAGGGUGCGCGGGGCGGGCAGCACCAUGGAGAGCGGCGCCGAGGGGCGCCUGGACGCCGCCGCCUUCCUCGGGGCCUGGCGGCGCUUCGACGCCGACGACAAUGGCUACAUAGAAGGGAAGGAACUUGACAAUUUUUUUCAUCACCUCCUGGAGAAAUUGGGACCAGAAAACACCAUCACAGAAGAAAAAGUUCAGAGGAUGAAGGAGCAAUUCAUGUCUGUCUACAAUGUCACCACAGAUGGACGCUUGAAAAUCCAGGAGCUUGCCAAUAUGAUCUUGCCGGAUGAUGAGAACUUUCUACUGCUUUUCCGACGGGAAACUCCCUUGGACAACAGUGUGGAAUUCAUGCGGAUCUGGCGCAGUUAUGAUGCUGACAGCAGUGGAUUUAUUUCAGCUGGUGAGCUCAAAGAUUUCCUGCGAGAUCUCUUUUUGCAGCAUAACAAGACGGUUGCUGAAGUAAAGCUGGAAGAAUAUACUGAUACCAUGAUGAAAAUCUUCGACAAAAAUAAAGAUGGGCGGCUGGACCUGAAUGACCUGGCAAGGAUUCUGGCGCUCCAGGAAAAUUUCCUUCUACAAUUUAAAAUGGAUGCUUGCAGCACAGAGGAAAGGAGAAGAGAUUUUGAGAAGAUCUUUGCACACUAUGACGUUAGUAAAACGGGAGCACUUGAAGGCCCAGAAGUGGAUGGGUUUGUCAAAGACAUGAUGGAACUGGUCAAGCCCAGCAUUAGCGGGGUGGACCUGGACAAGUUCCGCCAGAUCCUGCUCAACCACUGUGACGUGAACAAGGAUGGGAAAAUUCAGAAAUCUGAACUAGCUUUGUGUCUUGGGCUGAAAAUUAACCCAUAGCUGAGAAAGUGCUCGUGGUUGUGUUUCCCUUGUAAGAUUUGCCUGCUGCUCCUUGUAGAAGUGUGUCUGUGCUGCUGUGUGAGUGGUGGGGAGCCAUGGCAUCGUGCUGGAGAGUGGGAUUUGCAUGGAGGCCUCCUCACUCCACCAAUUCCUUUGUGGUGUUCACUCAGUGCUGCCACUUGUGGGUCCCCUUAGCAAUGUCUCUGCCCACCAGCAGACCAGCUGCUCAGAAAAGAGGUUGCUCUUCUUCUUCUGCCCUCAUGAAAUGCUGCCCUCUCCGUUCCCUAGCAUCUCCUCCAAAAUGUCCCAUCAGUGCUCUCAGAGUGCAGCUAAUUGAUGUUUCUGUUGGUCACCUUAUACAUGUGAAAUUAUUACUUGGGUGAGCCUUGUGCUUUGUGCAUUUAAAAUAUUGGAUGGAUGACAGUGUAUUUGUGCAGAAAUAAAAUGGCAAUUACAGAAGUUCAGUAA